AUGAGAACAGCGACACGAAACAAAACCUUAUUUCCGAGAAUAUUAUAUAAUUCUUUAACACGUUUGUCAGCUGGCGGGGCUGACAGUACGGAUCCAGACAGCAUUUUCGCGGUCAGCAACGGCACCGUUGAGACCGAACCAGCGGUUCAGCCAACUUUCGACAAUGCCACGAAACGCGAGUACACAGCCGCUGUUGGUCAGCCAGCGUAUUUACACUGCCGAGUCAAGAACCUUGGAGAUAGAUCUGUCUCGUGGAUACGAAAACGCGAUCUGCAUAUACUAACUGUCGGAGUACACACAUACAGUAGCGAUGCACGAUUCGCGGCUCUACACACAGAUGGCUCUGAUGAAUGGACGCUCAGAGUUGCCCACGCGCAGCCCCGCGAUUCCGGGGCGUAUGAGUGCCAAGUGUCAACAGAACCUAAAAUAAGCCUCUCUUUUUGGCUUACAGUUGUUGUAUCAAAAGCUGAGAUCCUGUCUGGUCCGGAGCUGUUUGUACGAGCUGGUUCCGACAUCAACCUGACGUGUAUUGCUCGCCACGCACCAGAUCCACCUAGUUUCAUUUAUUGGUAUCGAGGUACGAACGUGGUGAAUUAUGCACAGCGAGGCGGCAUCAGUGUAGAAACGGAACAGAGAACUCGAACCAGUCGGCUCUUGAUUGCUCGGGCGUCACCAAGAGACUCAGGAAAUUAUACAUGUGCCCCCAGUAGUUCUGAUUCAGCAUCGGUCGUUGUCCACGUGGUGAGCGGCGAACGGCCAGCGGCGAUGCAGAGCGGUGCCACAAUCUCCGCACCAACACUCCUCUACACUCUCUCCACGUUAACUAACUUCUACUUCCACAGAGACUCCCUAUCGAAGCUAAUCUUUGAUAUAAUCUACACCCAGUACCAUUUCCUCUUAGCUCUCUCCAACAUUCCCUUCCAAAACAAUCCCGCUUUAGAUCUUAGAUGA